CGGAAGUGGAGCUGCGCGCGCCCGAAAGGAAUCGGGAGGGGCAGGCGAGGGAAGCUAGCGGCUGGCGAACCGAAGAGAGGCUGGGUGCUUGGGCAAGUGAGGAACCUUGAUCCUUGCGGGCCACCAUCCCGGAAGUGGAAAUUAGAGGAAGAAAAUACUGGGUUUGCUGGGGAUAMGUUUCUCAAGAUUCUAGGUGCGGAUUUUUAGAACUUUUUGUGGUAUGUUUUGACCAGGAUAGAAUCAGAGGUUUUUUUCACCUCCCUUGAAAGAGCCAGCAUCUCUAGUGAGUUCGUGUGUGGCGCAGGGCGAAUCUCGGGACUUCAGUUAAGAAUCCCGCGGAGAAAGCCGGUCUGCGCUGUUACUUGGUGGCGACUUUGGUAAGGAGCUGAGCUUAUGCUUUAGUGGCUUACUAUGGCCCAGCGGGCAGUGUGGCUUAUACGCCACGAACCAGGAACUCCACUUUGUGGCACCGUGAGAUUCUCCAGACGUUAUCCAACCGUUGAAAAGAGAGCCAAAGUAUUCAAUGGAGCAAGUUAUGUGCCUAUUCCUGAAGAUGGUCCCUUUCUUAAAGCACUCCUUUUUGAACUUAGAUUAUUGGAUGAUGAUAAGGACUUCGUAGAGCGUCGUGAUAGUUGUACACACAUCAAUAAAACAACCAUAUAUAGACUUUCAGUAGGAGGUGAAGAACUCUGGCCAGUGGUUGCUUUUCUGAAGAAUGGCAUGAUAUAUGCUAGUGUUCCACUUGUUGAACAAACUCUCUCCCCUCAUCCACCAUUAAUUAGCAUCAGUGGAAUUUCACAAGGCUUGGAACUUCUUUUUGGUAUACAAGAUUUUCUUUAUUCUAGUCAAAAAAAUGAUACUGAACUAAAUACAAAAUUGAGCCAGUUGCCUAAAUUGCUUCUUCAGGCUUGUCCAUUUGGUACUUUAUUAGAUGCCAACUUACAGAAUUCAUUGGAUAAUAUUAAUUUUGCUUCUGUGUCUCAGCCACAGAAACAGCCAGCUUGGAAAGCUGGAACAUACAAAGGAAAACCACAGGUUUCUGUUUCUAUUACUGAAAAGGUAAAAUCCAUGCAAUAUGAUAAACAGGAUAUAGCAGAUACAUGGCAAGUUGUUGGAGCAGUCAUUUGCAAGUGUGAUUUAGAAGGAAUCAUGCCAAAUGUCACCAUCAGCUUGAACCUCCCCACCAAUGGAUCUCCACUUCAAGAUAUUCUAGUUCAUCCUUGUGUGACUUCUCUUGAUUCUGCCAUUCUGACCUCUAGCAGCAUUGAUGCAGUGGAUGAUUCUGCAUUUAGUGGGCCUUAUAAAUUUCCAUUCACUCCACCUUUAGAGUCAUUCAAUUUAUGCUACUAUACUUCCCAGGUCCCUGUACCACCAAUUUUGGGUUUCUAUCAAAUGAAAGAAGAAGAAAUACAACUAAAAAUAAAAGUUAAUUUAAAACUUCAUGAAAGUGUGAAAAAUAAUUUUGAAUUCUGUGAAGCUCAUAUACCUUUUUACAAUAGAGGUCCAAUUACACAAUUAGAAUACAAAGUUAGUUUUGGCCAGCUUGAAGUAUUUCGAGAGAAAAGCUUACUGAUCUGGAUUAUUGGCCAGAAGUUCCCCAAAUCAAUGGAAAUUAGUCUUUCUGGAACUAUAACCUUUGGAGCCAAGAGCCAUGACAAACAACCAUUUGACCAGAUUUGUAUUGGAGAUACAGCAUAUGUAAAGCUUCAUUUUAGCAUCUUAGAUUACACACUUACCGGAUGUUAUGCGGAUCAACAUUCAGUUCAAGUUUUCGCAUCAGGAAAACCAAAAAUAAGUUCAUACCGGAAACUAGUGUCUUCUGAUUAUUACAUCUGGAAUUCUAAAGCCCCUGCUCCAGUAACCUAUGGAUCAUUAUUACUGUGAUUUUUU